AUGAGGGGCGUCACGGACGAGGGCCGCUGCCGGCGAGCAGUGCGCAUGGUCACCGAGCUGUGCCGCAGGAAAAACCUGCCUGGCCUGGACCUGGGCUCCUGCCGGGAAUUCCUCCUGCUGUCCUCGGAAGAGAGCCUGAGCGUCUCGGAGCCAGACCUCUCCGUUAGCCUCCUUGCGCUGGUGGUGGUUGCAUGUGGACUCGCCUUGGUGGCAGCUUUUCUCUUUCUCUUUUGGAAGCUGUGCUGGGUUCCUUGGAGGAACAAGGCUGUUUCCUCCAGCCUGGCGGUUGCACGGAGCAAGGAGACCAUGGCAGACAAGCUCAAGGACACGGGCACAAUGAGCUUCUUGGAGGCCGCUGUGAAGAUCAGCCACACGUCGCCAGACAUCCCUGCCGAGGUGCAGCUCUCCAUGAAGGAUCACAUCAUGCGGCGCACACGGAUGCAGCGGCAGACAACGGAGCCCGCUUCUUCCACCAGGCACAUCUCCUUCAAGAGGCACCUUCCUCGGCAAAUGCACAUGGCCAGCAUGGACUACGGCAUGGACGGUCCCGCUGCGGCCGAGCAGCCCACCAGCAUCGGCCGCAUAAAACCCGAACUCUAUAAGCAAAAAUCUGUGGACUCUGAGGACCCCAAAAAAGAGGCAGCAAAAACCUGUGGGAAGAUAAACUUCACUCUCAAGUACGACUAUGAGAAUGAGGUGCUGACAGUGCGGAUCCUCAGGGCGUUCGAUCUGCCAGCCAAAGACUUGUGCGGCAGCUCAGACCCCUACGUGAAGAUCUACCUGCUGCCCGACAGGAAGCGCAAGUUCCAGACGCGGGUGCACAGGAAGACGCUGAACCCCUCCUUUGACGAGGCUUUCCACUUCCCUGUGCCCCAUGAGGAGCUGCCCAGCAGGAAGCUCCACCUCAGUGUCUUUGACUUCGACCGCUUCUCCAGGCAUGACAUGAUCGGAGAGGUCAUCUUGGAGAACCUCUUCGAGGCCUCCGACCUGUCCCGGGAGACGUCAGUCUGGAAGGACAUAGAGUACGCCACGAGCGAGAGUGUGGACCUGGGUGAGAUCAUGUUCUCCCUUUGCUACCUGCCGACCGCAGGCCGGCUCACACUGACCGUCAUCAAGUGCAGGAACCUCAAAGCAAUGGACAUCACUGGCUACUCAGAUCCAUACGUCAAGGUGUCUCUGCUGUGCGAUGGGCGAAGGCUGAAGAAGAAGAAGACCACCAUAAAGAAGAACACACUGAACCCCACCUACAACGAGGCCAUCAUCUUUGACAUCCCCCCGGAAAACAUGGAUCAAGUCAGCCUGCUCAUAUCUGUUAUGGACUAUGACCGCGUGGGCCACAACGAGGUCAUCGGGGUUUGCCGUGCUGGGACGGCUGCUGAGGGGCUGGGCCGGGACCACUGGAACGAGAUGCUGGCCUAUCCACGCAAGCCCAUCGCCCACUGGCACCCGCUGGCCGAGGGGAAGAAAUCGCUCAAGGAGGUGAGUGGGGCACUGCCCUCCUGCUGA